GAUCUAUUAAAGAUGGCGGCUGAGAUGGCGGAGAGUCUCAAGACUUACUUGUAAAGACUUACGUUCUGCAGGUAACAAUGAAUGACAAUAAGCCGGUGAAUCAAGGAUCCAAAAAACUGAAAUAUAAAAGGAAGCGAGAAGGAGAGGUUUAUACUGGAUCAAAGCAGUUACGUUCUGAAGGUUUUUCUUGGUGGACUUCGUUGCUUCUGGGAACAGACUGCACUGUACAAAGAGACUCUACUCUACCAAGAUUGUCUACUGCUGAAUGUGAACUUAAGCAGCCUGAAAAUAGCUUGUGUACAGAAGAAAACUAGAAUCAAGACUUCCAACCUCCCUUUUGAAAAAGGAGAUUGGUCGGAAAUUAUUAUCAUUUGACGCGACAGUUUCUUGACUCGGAUUUUCGUGUACUGUGACUAAGCUCUGGUAAAACUCUUGUACAGUUUAACUUUAGCCAGAAAGCUAACCAUCUUAGUUUAUGAUACUUCAUGAUAGCGUUUUUCACCACACGAUGAUUACAAGAAAACCGGUAGUUUAUUUUUGACGUAAAAUAUCAUUUUUAUUGGAAGCACUACAGUGUUUACGAUUAUACAGUGCGUUUGUUACAAUGGCUGCAAAUGGAGAACAUUCAAGUGAGAACAAAAAAGGUAUCUCUGUAAGUCUCCCUGAACCGCCCGAAAAACCACUUGACAGUGACUGCUGUGGUACUGGAUGCAUUCCUUGUGUUUUUGACAUUUAUGAGGAGGAAGUGAAAAAAUGGAAAGUUGAAUGUUACAAAAUAAAAACUGGGAAAAAUAGUGAUGCGCAACUUGGAGAUUGUGAUGAAGCACUUUGUACCUCAGAGUUUCGAUCCUUUGUACUGGAGUCUAUUACUAAACUUACUGGCGAUUCCUGCAUAUACAGGUUUAACAUUCCAGGAAACAAGAAGCUUGGGAUGAAGAUUGGACAACAUCUGAUAAUGAGGUAUGAAAGAAUGAUAGAUUUUCUGCUUGGUAAUUAUUUUGAUAAUAUGAGGUGAUUCUUAAUUUCUGUACAAACUGAUGGUCAUCAUAAUAUAGCCAUUUCAGACUUGCCAAGUCUCACCACUUUGUCAUGAGUCUCACAAUUUCACAACCAAUCACACGCCCUCACGAGUUAGCAACUGAUUUCUUACACAUUCUUGAAAAUUCAAACUCCAAAAUAUUUUUGAAGCUGUAGGGUUCAUUUCCAAGCUAGAUAUCAAUAAAUAGUCAGCUCAAUACAAAGAAAACCUUUAGUAGUCGCAUUAAUUUGAUUACAUUCUUUUAGCCUACCGCAAGUUGUCCUUGCCACCAACUGCACAGACUUACUGUUUCUCAUGUUUCAAGAUGGUCGCCAGCAAAACAUAGAAAUUACAAAACCUAAAUUGUAAAAUGGAUCGUUACAUGUAUGUGCACACAGCUCCUGCUUUAAAGUGAUAUGUGACUUCCAAUACCCAUAGCCGGGUGUGUUCCUUUGAGAUGAUCCGGAUCAGGAUCAGUGAUCCGAGAUCAUUCGGAUCAUGGUAGAUCAAAUGAACCGAUGAAUCCAUUCUGGACAAGGAUUCAUCGGUUCAUCUGAUCUACCUAGACUUUCAAAAAAGUCCUUAGUCGGAUUUCAUAUGGCGCGGGACGAAGGACUUUUCAUACUUGAUUGGCGCCAAUUUUACCGACCCAAAAACGGGUCGGUAUGCUUGGACCAAUCAGAGUAGCUCCCAACGACCCUUGGGGAUAAAGCUGUCAAUCACAAGUACUGAAACGUGACUUGCAGUUUAAAAACAAACAUGGGGUCGAUUGCGAAGUGGAAGGUGUUGACCGGCCAAACACGACUCAUAAGCUCGUGAUAGUGUGAUACGUGACCUUAUAGUUUUGCUCCAACGAGGAUAUCUCCCAGUGAUUUUGCUCUUUUAUAUGAAAUGAUGGGAGGCUCGUUGUAUAUCUCUGUCAGUAGUGGUUGAUCUUGAAUUAAGUGCCAUUUGCUCACUAAAAUGUUCUACAAAGCGGGGUGGUAUGUGGUAACGAAAGGCAGAAUUUUCUUUCGCACUUCAUUGUUCCUUUGUAAAGUUGACUUCCGUUUGGUAAACUUAACCUAUAAGAUUGUGAGGGUAACGCUGCCAGGAUACUAUUCGAUCGUCGUCUGCUCUAGCGCGAAGGCGUUUUUUGAAGUUGUAGAUGUUUUCAUAGAUGUUUUUAGCUGAGGAGUUAGUUCUCAGAAGUCUAAGGGCUUCGCCCUUUAUGAGACCUUUUCUGACUCCGUGAGGGUUACAGGAAGAGAAAUGCGUGUAUUGAAAAGUCUCUGCAGGCUAAAAAAUGUGUGCGGAUGUCAAGGAUUCCUUGGUUGUGAAAUCUCCUUUCCCAGUAUUGACUCGAGAUUCAAACAAGGUUUUGUUUUUUUUCCAGCCCCUUGAGCUCGUCAACUUUCGCACAAAGUAAACAAAUUUGCUCCUUCGAUGAUGGAGAUACACACACACGUUCAAUAGAUUUAGUCGGAGUGGAAUCAGCACAUUCUGCCGUUGAAGUCAAGGACUCGCAAAGGAAACCUGAAACCCCAAAUGCGAGUCACGCCACUCCCCAUUUUUGGCGCGAAAUGCAAAUGGAAACCCAUCAAGCGAGACAAGUCGAACCCUCGCGACUUCGUCGCUCGCGGUCGGCUGCUUCGUGGCCAAACAAGGCUCGCUUUGCUCGCCAAGAGGUCAACUUGUAGCAAGUCUACUGAUCUACCUUGAUCCAAGUGAUCUCAGGUCAGUGAUCCUGAUCUGGAUCAUCCCAAAGGAAUGCACCCAUAAUCUCCGCUGGAAAUCCUACCACUUGCAAAAUUGGGACAUCUCAUUAUUUUUUUACCCAUUUCUCACUACCUUUUCCACCUCUAGGUUCAGAAUCUCUCAUUUUUUGCCUUUUUGGGGUCGGCAGGUCUGCCAUUUGAAGGUUGAAACAUUUGCAGAUGUUGUAGCAAAGAUGGCAAUUUCAUUUUCAGUUGCAGAUAUUUAUUUUACUAGGAUUGAAACCAUUCUCCAUGUGAAUGUUAAUAUUAUUGUACAGUAGCAUUCACAAUAUUAUUCCACUUGCAUCUCCUUCACUGUACCAUGUUAUUGUGACAUGCAUUGCUUGCCAUGAAUGAAUCAGUGAAAGGGCAAUUUUUAGGAAUCAUGAAUAAUAAUAUUAUUAUUGGCUAUCCAUCCUGUACAAAUGCAAUUUAUUAUUGUUUUCUCACAAAAUAGAUUAAACAAAUGAAUAAAAAAAUAUAUUAAAUGUAGAUAUAGCUUAAUGGCUCCAGGGUAAUCAUUUAAAUUGAAUGCAAACCCAAGGCUGCGUUCUAGCAUUGUCUUUUGGCCCCUGGAGCCUUCCUUUUGUUCUUGGGCAACUAGGUAAUCAUAGUUUUUUCAUAGACAUCUUAUGCUGGAUACCAUGGAACCCAAAACAGAAUGCAUUUCAUAUUAUUAAAACCCAAAUGUUAUUGAGCCUAAUUCUAAUAUCAUGUUGUAUAAUAUGCAUCUUUUCAAAAAGGAUGCAUUCAUUUUGCUUAAGAUUCAUUUUGUACCUUUACACUGCAGAAAAAUUAACAUUACUAAAUAAUGUAUUUAUUUAGAGAGAGGGGGGUUGAGGUCACAAUUUCAAACUAGGGUGCAGCAUUCAAAGAUGAUAUGCUUCCACACACUACAUUGUACACCAAACAAUUUGAAGCUAUAUAGAGGCUGAGUGAUAGUAAUUUGACCAACCUCUUUAAUACAGGGUUUGCACGCACCUUGGAAGUCCGUGAAUUUUAAAAUAUAAAUUUAAGGCCUUGAAAGUCCUUGAAUUUUGGUGCUAACUUUAUCCAACCCAAAGGAAAAGGAGCAAACACAGAAAGACGUUCAGGAUAAAGUUGCUCAUGUUGUGGAUUUAGAACUAAAAAAGACAUAGACUCAAGGCUUUAUUUUGCAUUGAAGGGAGUCCUUGAAAAAUGGGAAAUGUGUCCUUGAAAGUUCUCGAAAAGUGCUUGAAUUUUUUGUUAAAAAAGGGUAUGAUCCUGUUCUUAUUAAAUUUUGUGUCAUAGAAGUCUACCAAAGUGAGAAAAUUGCAAGGCAAAUACAAAAGUGACCAUACGAAAAUCAUUUACCUCCUAGAGUGAUCUUUAAUGUAAAGUCUUUCAAAGCAGAUUAAUUGUGAUUAUAUUUCAGUGGAAAGUGUGAUGGUAAGGCUAUCACCAGGCAAUACACACCAAUAUCUCCAACACAUUGCUCAGGUUUCUUUGAUGUACUCAUCAAGGUAUGUGUUUUUGCAUUUGUAAGAUUUCUGUUUUUUGCGAGCAAUAACACAAGUGUAGAUUUCUAAGAAUCAGUUUCCGCAGUUUAUAUGUGUUGAAAUAGUAACAGUCCACUUUUAAAAUUAACAAAAAGAAGCUACAGAGGUUAAAUAUCAUACCUCAUGGGCUGCUCAUUACAUAAGUGCAUGCUUAAGCCAAUUUAGAAAAAUUAAAGAGGGCGCUUGUCUUUAUUUUCUCUUAAGUAGUCCUCACUGGAAAGAGUUUUUGUUUGCCAUUAUAUUAACCUUUGAACUGCUGAGUUUAACUACCGUAGAGUACCAUCAUCGUACUGUACUUAAGAGUGAUUACACCAUGGUGUUUGAAGUAGAGUCUCCACUCUGGCUCUGAUUGGAUAUUCACUGUUGAAAUGGCCAUAGUUUAUGUGGUAAUUUGGAAUUCUUUCCACGCAUUUUUAUUAAUUAAAUUUUUCUGAGUCGUGAAGUUCGUUUAUGAUUGUUAGUUGCUGCAUAUAACACUUUAAUUCUUUGCAUAAAAAAAUAACUGCUUGUCUUCCAUGUUUCAGGUAUAUUUAGAUGGUAAGAUGUCGAGUUAUGUCAAAACGUUACAAGAAGGAGACAAGGUUGAAUGGAGAGGACCAUUUGGAAGAUUUUUAUACAGACCAAAUCAGGUAUUUCAGUUUCUUCUAAAUCCAAAUCUAAAUCUAAAUUAUUAUUGUAUAAUCUCCUAUAUGGGAUGUGAAGUUACAGGAAUGAUCAGCAGUAUUA